UUGUACCCUGUGGGAAUGAGAGGCUGGGUGGCCUCGGGCUUGGGCCCGCAUGGACCCCCUGGCGCUGGGCCGGUGGCGACGGCGGAGGCCAGAGGAGCUGCAGGUUCCGGGGGACGCGAAACGGGCAUGCAGGAGAUUAGAAGCAGCGUCGCCGGAGCGGGGCUGCCCCCAGGCGAAGGUGCGCGUGCCUGCGUCCUGGGGCAGCAAGGAGUCCGGGUCACCAGAUGCCCAGCCCAGAGGCUACCUCCCUGCACCGAGGCCAGACGGCAGCCAGGGGCGACCAAGCGUGGGGGUUCCUCAGGAUGGUGGAAAGAGCUGGGCCCAGCCUUGCCCAAGAUGCAUUGCGGGGGAGUCUGUAAGUGCAUUAACCUUCUUGCUGUGACAUAAAAGGGACAUUUUAACCAUAUGGAGAGUUGGUAGAAGAUGCAAGCUGAAAAAGGAAGAUUCCAGUUGUGGUUUCGAACCCUCGUGUGCCAGCGAAUGUAAACCUCUCCUGGGUGGAUGUGUGUGCCCACCUGUUCAAAUAGCGCCUGGUACCCUCCCAUCAGGAAAUCCCACCAUCCUCCUCCGCUCCAGAGCCAGAAGAGCCUCCACAUGUUACUCCUCAUGAAGCCUUCUUUCAAAUGCAUCUUGCUUGAGAAGAUCAAUUGCAUUAUUUAAAAGUUUAAAAAAUUCAGUAUCAAACUUCCUGUGAGGUUUGAGAGCCCUGUAGCUUAUGGAGCCAUAUCCAGAUGUAGCCCCACUUUAUACUUUUCUAUUGUUUUGUGGAUGUAUCCAGAGCUGCUUAUGUACUCUUUUUUAAUUAAAAGUCUUAUUUUUAUAUUGAAAA